AUGGCUGCAGAUAGCCGUCACUCGCGUUCUUUGUCGACUCGCUUGGGCCCCACCAAUCGUGAAACGCCCGACUCUAACCCCAAAGGCUCCUUAUUGAAUCGAGCCCGGCGAUCCGUCCUUAGCUUUAACUCCCCCAGCCCCCAAGCUCCCAAUGUCUCCAAGAGACAACAAGACGACCCCCAAGAUCGCCCUGAUGUGAAGAGAGCCAUGCCAUCAAGCGUGGCGUAUUCUAGAACCGAAAAUGCUCUGAGAUUGGGACCCGAAACCAUGGACCGCCCGAAGAACGAAGAUGUCUUCUUGAACAUCGCGAGAACAGACUCGGGCCGUCGCGACUCGAUAGGACGUUCUGAUUUCCGCCGAUCGCGGCUUGGAUAUCCCAGUCAGAGUCUACGGUCACCGACAGAACAAACUCCCACUCCCGAACGAUACAGCAAUGUCGACCCCUUGCCUACGCAACAUGGCUCCCCAACCACCCCCUACUCCUCCGUCCACACGCCGGCCUCAUCAGCCCAUCCCCUAGAUGACUCGAGUCGCCUGCGGUACAGCAGCCUGGGAUCUGGCGCGCGCUCGACAAUCGGCGCCCCUCGAAGUCGAUUUAGCCGUACAAGUCCAGAAACCUCUCCGCGCACACCGUCCGUUGCGGAUGACCGACGGGCCUCCUUACAUGAACCCCGCUUCAACCGCCAUUCGGGCCUCUCUACAAUCCGAGGCAGCCGACAACCUUCCGCCUCUGAAGUAAACGACCGAGCGCGAACCGAAGCGGAGAGAUCGCGUGCCGAUGGAACUGAGUCGACUCUAUCUACCGCGGCUCCCUCUACUGUCUGGGACGAACUGGAUGACCUCAAAGAUCGUAUCAAAAAGCUAGAGCUUACAGGGAAGCUGCCCCCGUCAUCUGCUGCCGCGAUGUAUAGCAGUCCCAAUGAGAGACCGCGCACCGCAACUUCGGCGAUGACGGCUAUAUCCUCUUCACCCAAACAACACCGCAAAGCUAGCAUUUCAGCCGGUGAUAGUGAGCACCAGAACCAAGUCCAUCCUCUCCUUCAAUCCGCAUUGUCCAAAGCCAAGGCUGUUCUCAGCGGUGAGGUGUACACUUCCCUCGAAGCAACGAUCACCGAUGCGCUGAACCUUUCCACUGCAUUGGGCGCCAAUGCCGCUCCGUCAGGCACCGUCUCAGUCGUGAAUGGAGGAUACACCUCCCCCGAGCGACACGCGCGCCGCAAAGCGGACAGUGUGUGCCGCAGCCUGACUGAGCUUUGUCUGGCAUUGACAGAUGAGCAAUUGAAGAACACCCGGCCCCAGUCGAGCCGUGGUGCAGGGCAGCUCCAGCUGUCGAAUGGCGUAGAGCACGAUCACCGCAUGACCCUGCCCACGCCGACCUAUCGAAACGGGAAUGGGAAUCAGGAACCUGAAAUGAAUGAGCGGCGUCAUUCCACCACUCGCAUUUCCAGUCGACUUGAAGCCCGUCGUGCGUCUUUAGUCAACACUAGCCCAGGAAACACGGACUUUAAACAGAGUCCGACCCAACCUGCUGGCCUUCCUACCCCAACUAGCCGUCUAAAUCGGAUGUCAACGUCUCUUCGCAGUCGCAGAAUGACGGUCGGCGAAGAGAACGGAGAAAUGGAAAGCCCCCACAGCCGCUCAACCUCCAGAGCUCCAACAGAAAUUGGCACCCCGGUCUCUACCCAAGAGCCACCCCGACAAAGAUUCCACGGCCGCUCCUUCUCCCGCUCAGUCUCCGGUGUCCAAAACGACUCCGGGCUAGGUCUCUCACCACGGUCCCCUCAAUACCAAUCCCAAGUGCCCCAGCCAUCACAACCUCGAACCCCAACCCUCUCAAACAGCCUCUCCUUCCGCCGAAACAACACCAUCCCAGCAUCAUACACGCCCGCAACCUCCCGCUCAAACAUCCAAGCCGGAUCCCGCCGCUACGGCCUCUCCCCAAGCUUCUCAACAAACGUCGAAGACAGCCCCCGAUCCCCCCAACUGGAGACCCCACAGGCCCAAACCAGGAUCUCCACCCCAUCGAGCAAAAUGGCAACAAGCUACACGCCCAUCCAGCAAAACAGGCUCCGAACAAAUAGCCUCGGCGCUCGAAGAUUCGGCCUUCGAAAUCGCACCCCGGCCACGCCGAAUAACAAUGUAAACCUAGACGAUAGCAUUGAUUGA